UCUUCCAAACAGACGACACAGAACAACCUUGGGAUUCUCCUCUCUUCCGACCAUCCUCGCUGCAUCACCUGUCAUUUCCUGACUGCUCUCCGAAAUCCUUCCCUCGAGCUUCUCCGAAGGGUAGUGGGUCAGGCUCCACGCAGGGACUAGAAGGUGCUUCCUGGUUGAGCCUAGCUCCUGGACGAGGAUCGUCGACGCGCGCUAGAAUUGACCGAGUCGGUUUCUGCGGUCAGUCAGAGUGCUGGUCUUUAAAGGGCGAGAUGAACCCGUCUGCGUGUCAUGUUGCUCAUGCGCGUUUGAACUCUACAUCUAGUGCUGUUGCGGCGAAUUCCGCAUCUGCCCUUGUUACGAUCUCUUCAGGAGCCGUGAGGAGUCCAGGAAUUGCAGGCAGCGCAGCAAUGCACGGCCAGGUGUUUCCCCAGGUGCUUCCUCAGGCGUAUCGCUGUUACGCGGCAGUAGCCCCAUUGCGCUCUCUCACGCGAUCGCCUCGAGCCGCCAUUCGUGAUUCAACCUAUGGAAGUCGGCACUUCCAUCACCUCCACGUCACUGCCACGUCAUCAUUCACAAGAGCUCAAGCCUACUCUAGGAGAUUGGCUGGACUUCCUGCACUCUCUCUCAGACACUCACCAUCCGAGUUAUCUUCCCCAGAAUUUUUCCCGUUUCAUCGUUCCACGUCAGCACGCAACACCCUGGCGCGGCUUUCCCGACCAGGAAACCAUAGUGCGACUUCCUCGUUCGGAAACCAUGACCUUCCCGCUACUAAUGCCACUUCCGCGUCCGCCAAUCCGCCAUUCGCGCUCGGCCACCAACUCGCUUCCUUCACUGGGAUGUCCCUCAGAUUAAGCACAUCCACCGCCGUGGCAUGCGCCGCCGCUUGCGCCUGCGCCGCGCGAGCCGCCGCAGCGCGUUGCUUCGCUACCACGUGUCAAUGCCGUGCCGGCCGGCCGCUGCUAGGGAGUAUAUCCCAGGCGCUGCUUCCCGAUGGCGGCGGCGGCGGCGGAGGCGGGGGAUGGGGAGUGGGGGGUUUCGGGGGAGGCGGAGGCGGAGAUGCGGACAAAAGCGGCGAGUGGGCAUGUGGCGGCGGAGUCAAGUCUAGGAGGGGGCGCACAGGAUACAGUGGUGCUGGACGUGGGGGGCAUGUCGUGUGGCAGCUGUGCAGCCUCGGUGAAGAACAUUCUAGAGUCACAGCCCCCUGUGGUGUCUGCUUCCGUGAACCUUCCCAUGGAGACGGCACUUGUCACCAUCCGAUUGGACGGGGGCGAAGCAGCCUCCGCCGCUACAACCACCCCUGCUGCUACAGCCACCGCCGCUGCAACUGUUGCUCCCUCUGCUGCAGCUGCUGGUGCUGCUGAUGCUGCUGGGGGCAUCGGGCUGGCUGAUGGGGGGCCAGGAGCUGCAGAGGGGGGGGCGGUGGGGGUGGGCGCGGGGGUGUCCCGAGAGCGGCAGGAGCAGAGGCGGGUGGAGGUGGGGAGGGCUCUGGCGGAAUAUUUGACGGAGUGUGGAUUCGAAUCGAAGCUCAGAGAGGAAUCGGCCAAGAGCUCAAGAGGCGCAGCUGCAGAGGGCGACCACGUGGCUGUGACAGCGGGAGAGCAGGGGGAGGAAGGAGAGGCGGAAAAGCCAUCUGCAAGCGCUGCUGCCACUGCUACUACUGCUGGUGGUGGAGUCACGGGGCGGGCAGCGUCGGCCAUUGAGGCGAAGAGGGAGGAGCGCAUGAGAAGGCUCAAGGAGAGUGGUCGUCGUCUGCUGGUGGCAUGGGCGCUGGCAGCGACCUGUCUGGUGGGGCAUGCGUCCCACAUGCUGCAGGCGUCCUCCCUUGCCUGGAAGCUGCCUGCCUGGACCCAUGUGCUGCACUCCACGCCCGUGCACGCGCUGCUCUCCCUCACCGCCCUCCUCGGACCCGGCCGAAAGCUGCUGCUGGACGGGUGGAACAGCCUGCGGCGAGGAUCGCCCAACAUGAACACGCUGGUCAGCCUUGGCGCUGUCUCCUCCUUUGCAGUCAGCGCUGUGGCCGCUGCCGUGCCCAAACUGGGCUGGCCCGCAUUCUUUGAGGAGCCUCUGAUGCUGCUGGCGUUCGUGCUGCUGGGGAAAGCGUUGGAAGAAAGGGCCAAGAUCAAGGCAACCAGUGACAUGGCGGCUCUGCUCUCCCUGCUGCCCCCUCAAGCUCGCCGCAUCAUUCCCUCCUCCUCGCCCUCGCCCUCCCCACCCUCCUCGCCUGCUGCUGCCACAACAUCCACUGGCCCUUCACUGGCCAACUCACCAGCAGCUACAGCAGCGGCAGCGGCAGGCAGCAGCUUUGCUGAUGCUGCAACUGAAGUGGUGCCGAUAGAGCAGAUCAAUGUGGGCGACAAAGUGCUCGUCCGACCUGGGGACCGCAUCCCAGUGGACGGCACGGUAGCCAGCGGGCGCAGCACAGUAGACGAGAGCAGCAUCACGGGGGAGCCUCUACCGGUGCUGAAGCAGGCCGGGGACGAGGUGACAGCGGGCACGGUGAAUUUCAACGGAGCCAUAGUGGUGGAGGCGAGGCGGCACGGGGGGGACGCAGUGCUGGCUGACAUCGUGAGGAUGGUGGAGGAGGCGCAGGGGCGCCAGGCACCCGUGCAGCGCUUCGCAGACCAGGUCUCUGGCAAGUUCUGCUACGGAGUGAUGGGCAUAGCAGCCGCCACCUUCACCUUCUGGUCCACCCUGGGCCCCAAGCUCGUGCCUGCUGCCCUCACCGCUAGCCCCGGUGGGGGUCUGCUGCUCGCCCUGCAGCUGGCCUGCAACGUGCUGGUGGUGGCCUGCCCCUGUGCUCUGGGCCUCGCCACCCCGACAGCAGUACUAGUCGGCACGGCUGUGGCGGCCAGGAAGGGCCUUCUCAUCCGGGGGGGGGACGUGCUGGAGCGCUCCACGUCUGUCGACACUGUGCUCUUCGACAAGACCGGCACCUUGACCCUCGGCCGCCCCACAGUCACCCGCGUGCGCCUGCAUGGCGUGGGAGGGGAGGGGAAAAGAGAGGGAGAGGGGGAGGAGGCGAGGAGGGAGAAGGUGCUGGGGUGGGCAGCGGCAGUCGAGCGGAAUUCCACGCAUCCCCUGGCGACGGCGAUAGUGGAAGCUGCUGGGAAGGAGGCGAAGAGAGCGAAGGUGGAGGACGGGUCGUUCUUCCAGCAGCCGGGAGCUGGGGCAGCGGCGGUGGUGGGCGGGCGGCACGUGGUGGUGGGCACUCCUGAUUGGCUAAGAGAUAAUGGGUGCGAUGUGCCGGUGGAGGUGGAGGAGGCGGAUCUGAUGAGCAGCGCGGCAGAAGCUGCCUCCCCCAAAACACCGUCCCUUCUACCAGCAGCCGCAGGCGACCCCACCCCAGGGGAAACGACGGUGUAUGUGGGCGUGGAUGGAAGGCUGGCAGCAGCCAUCUCAUUGGUCGACAAGGUGCGCGACGAGGCGGCGGCGACUGUAGCGGCGCUACAGGCCAUGGGGCUGCACACCGCCAUGCUGUCUGGGGACAAGCGGCCGGCUGCUCUGGCAAUCGCACAUAAAGUGGGCAUCCCGGAAAACGAGGUGUAUGCGGGCGUGAAGCCAGAGGGCAAGGCUGACUUUGUGACGGCGCUUCAAGAAAAGGGCGCACGGGUAGCGAUGGUGGGGGACGGGGUGAAUGACGCAGCAGCGCUGGCGCGGGCAGACGUGGGCAUUGCCAUGGCGGGGGGAGUGGGCGCUGCCAGCGACGUGGCGUCAGUGGUGCUGAUGGGAGAUAGAGUGUCUCAAGUGGUGGACGCCAUUCAUUUGAGUCGAUCCACCUUCAACAAGAUCCGACAAAAUCUGGCGUGGGCAUUCCUCUACAAUAUGAGUGUCUCAAGUGGUGGACGCCAUUCAUUUGAGUCGAUCCACCUUCAACAAGAUCCGACAAAAUCUGGCGUGGGCAUUCCUCUACAAUAUGAUAGAGUGUCUCAAGUGGUGGACGCCAUUCAUUUGAGUCGAUCCACCUUCAACAAGAUCCGACAAAAUCUGGCGUGGGCAUUCCUCUACAAUAUGGUGGGCCUCCCAGUGGCAGCAGGCGCGCUGCUCCCUUUCACAGGCACCAUGCUCACCCCCUCCCUCUGCGGUGCGCUCAUGGGGGUCAGCUCUCUGGGAGUAAUGGCCAACUCUCUGCUGCUCCAGCUCACGUACAAGACGCCCUCACUGAAAGCCAUUCCCAAGGGGUUUCCUGGACUCCCGGGGUUGAAGUCGGGGAAGAAGGCCAAGGGAGAGGGAAGGGGUAAGAAGGGUGGUGGUGGUGAUAGUGAUUUAGAGAAGGGGCUGCUUGGUGGCGGUGUUGGACAAAGAGCAUGAGUGAAUGUGAUGCAACAAUACUUAUAAUACAACAGAACUUUCUCU